AUGGAGGCUGCAGGAAUCGCACUUGCAGUUCUUCCACUUGUUAUCAAUCAGCUCGAUAGCUAUGUCCAGGGGCUUGAGACCAUCAAGAGCUUCGGAGCCAAGCGCUACCGCAGGGAACUUGAAGGAUAUUCAUCAAGUCUGGGGACCCAACAAGCCAUUUUUGUCAAUACUCUGGAGCGCACCCUUGAUGGAGUUGUUGAAUACGAAGAUGGGCUCGACGAGCUGCGGAACAAUCCCCUCGGGAAUAUGUGGGAAAAAGAGAAUCUGCGAGCGAGUCUUCACGAAAAGCUCGGGAGAGACUUCGAGCCUUUUAACCAAACAAUGACGGAGCUUGCCAAUCUGUUAGAGGAACUGUCACGGAAGCUUGGACUGGAUAAGAAUGCGUCUGUGAAGACCUACCGAGCAGAUCAAUCUGCUAUCAAAAAAGAGAUCAAAAAGUUCAAGGACAUUUUCUCGAAGAGUAUCUAUCUUGAUCUUUUUGCUCGGAUUGACGCAGCCAACAGAAUCCUCAAGACCUUAGUUGAACAGUCGGAUUAUCGUGCCACAAUCCAAAAACGAAGGAUAUCAAAACGACCUUUACUGCGCCAAAAAAGGGCAAGGAAGUCAGCCGUCAGUCUGCAUAAUGCGAUAAUGCGGGGAAAGUAUUGGAAAUGUGCCUGUCGAGAUCAAAAUUCAAUCCAAUUCGUUCUUGAUUAUCCUGGAGAGGACCGGAAUGGAUUUGAAGACACCGCUCAUGGCUCACGUAGCUGUCGCUUUCGAAUAAUAUUCCCUUCCAACAACUUCGUUGAUCUUGCCAAUGGAUUGGACGGCGGAGUUGAGAUUGAAGCCGAAUCGAAUGCUAUCCAGCCAAGCGUGGAUAUACUGAACAAGUCUCCCCGUCAAGGCAGCUCGGAUGGUAUAAUAUCAACAAAAAGAAAGACCAGAGUGCAGUUUACAGUCGAUAAACUAUCAGAGGACGAGCUAUCGAUGUCUGAUACAUCCUCGUUAUCGCCGAUUAUGGACAUCUGCUCAGCCUUGUCUACCGUGAAGACCAACAACGAGACAAACAAGCCUAUCGGAUUCAUCUCUGAUGAGAAUCACCGUCACAAUAUGUAUUAUGUCCGGAAUCUUGCUGGGAAUCUAAGAUCCCAGUCACUCGCAGAUCUCAUCACAGCUUCUAGCGAUAUCUUCAGAAUGCCCAGCGCCAACAGAUUUCUUUUCACGUGGGGCCAUCGUCUGCGCGUUGCUGUCAACCUUGACUGCAGCGUACUCCAAUUUCACGGAAGCUGGUUGAAAACCCAGUGGAGGUCAUCCGAUAUUAUGUUUGCUAAAAGUGUGUCUGGGGAUAGUAUCGACAAGCCUUUCGUCCUAUGCAAUGUAGGCAGUGACACCACUUCUUGGGGCAUGUGCAGAGACAACUCAACGUUCUCGCUCAUCCAGAGUGAUAUUCUUUUCCCACUAGGUCUCGUCUUGAUUGAGCUUUCCUUAUGCCAAACGUUAGAGGUACUUCGUAUGCCUGAGGACGAUGACCAUGUGGAAGCUUAUAUGAAUUUAAAGACUGCGACUCGCCUUCUGCCAGUUGUGUGGGCGCAAAGUGGAGCAGAAUACGAAAAGGUGGUCAAACGAUGCUUGAUGUGGCCUGAUAUCAAAGCAUCUACGUUAGAAAGUGAGCCUAUGCAAGACGAAAUAUUCCAGCUUAUUAUCUCGCCACUUGUGGAAAACCUGCGAAGUUUUGAGGGCAAGGCUUAA